AUGAAGAGUGAGCUUAAUAAGACUUACUCAGAUGUGAUUGAGUUUAUCCUUGUAGGGUUCACAACCUCUCCAAAGUUACAGAUCCUUUUAUUCCUAGUAUUCUUGCUGCUCUACGUGGCCAUUGUGGUGGGAAAUAUCAGCAUGAUAUUAGUCAUUAAGAUGGACUCCAGACUUCACACUCCUAUGUAUUUCUUCCUUAGAAACUUGUCCUAUUUAGAUUUGUGCUACUCCACAGUCAUUGCGCCCAAAACUUUAGCCAACUUCUUGUCCAAAGAAAAGAAAAUUUCUUAUAAUGGCUGUGCAACCCAAUUUUUCUUCUUUGCCCUUUUUGUCACAACUGAAGGCCUCCUUCUGGCUGUGAUGGCAUAUGAUCGCUUCUCUGCCAUUUGCUCGCCUCUCCUUUACCCAGUGCAGAUGUCUCAGAAGGUCUGUGUUCGGCUGGUGACUGGGUCCUACAUUUGUGGAAGCAUUAACUCCAUGGUCCAAACGGGUUUCACCUUCAGUUUGCGUUUCUGUGGAGAAAACAGAUUAGACCACUUUUUCUGCGAUGUCCCAGCCCUGAUCAAGAUCUCAUGCAUGGACACCUUUGUGAAUGAGAUCGUGCUGUUCAUUCUGUCUGCUUCCAUCAUCAUCAGCACCACAGCUGUCAUUCUGGUUUCCUAUGCCUAUAUCCUCUCCACUGUCCUGAAGAUCCCUUCCACCAGUGGCCGGAGUAAGACUUUCUCUACCUGUGGCUCGCAUAUAGCAGUGGUGAGUUUAUUCUAUGGCACUGUGUUCUUCAUGUAUGCCCAACCUGGGGCCAUCUCUUCAUCAGAGCAAGACAAGAUCGUAGCAGUGUUCUACACACUCGUGAUACCAAUGCUGAACCCUCUAAUCUAUAGUCUGAGGAACAAAGAUGUGAAAGAUGCUGUGAAAAGAAUUUUAUGCAGGAAACGAUAUUUAUAA